ACGUACUGGAAGAGAAUAAAAACAACGCAGCUCAAAAAUUUGUCAUUCUCACCCAUUCUCAAUCAGCUGACUAUCCAAACAUCGCCUCGUUCAGUGCAGGGCCAAGGUUCGCUUCAACACGCUACGUCAUCUUCACUCCCAAUGAAAGCUCUGCCCGCUGUGCCCGCAGCACCGCCGUAGUUUCUUCAGAUGAACAUGCUGGGUCGUGUAUGGAGGCAAGCUCUAGCGUUGGUGUGCUCGUCAUUUCUGGGCUUCCUUCACCGUAUGCUUAUAUUUUGCUUGAUCCACUUGUUUGCAGAUACUGUACUUCUGCUGCAUGGGAUCACAGAAAGGGACGCGGUUACGUCAAUGAGGCGUAUUUGAGGAUUGUACGGUAAAUUCCCAUGUGCAUGUGUGCUGUAAGCUCGUCAGGUAGAGACGAUCUCAUUUAUCUAUUGCCUCCUUCUCGACCCCUCUGAUAGUUAAAAAUCCAAAAACAAAACAAGACAGAUAAAUCUCUGAAAACUCAACGCACAGUGUCCAAGUACUAAGAACGCCAUGGCAUCAGUUACAGCACCACCAACAGCUGGGACGUCACUCGAACCCAUACUUUCACCAUCUCUACCUGCCGACUCCUUACCACCCACAGCUUGCAUAUCCAAGCCUCACAAAAUCGAACUCGAACCCGAACUGCCACACCCUUCUCCCUCCGUAGAAGAUAUCUCCGGCUUCCCACGAAUAAACACAGGAUACAUCACUGAGCCAUCUGAAGACGAUUCAGAGGCCGAUGUAGCGGCAUAUCCAUAUCCAAAUUCAAGUUCAAAUAGGAGUCCAAGCCCAAGGAGAAGUGCAGAUCCGUUUGCCUCACAAAGAAGUGGGGGGGGAAUUGAAGGGAAUCCGUUUAGAUUCGACGCAAGAGAGAGGAGUGAGGCAGGUGAUGGAGGAGACGAUGAGGGGCCAAGGCCGGAAAGAGCAUGUGGAAAGCAGGCUAGGAGGCUGGGUGAUGAAAGUGAUGUCUCAAAAGCCACGCCAAGUCGGAUACAACAUUCAAAUGAAAGUAGGUUGACUACACCGAGCAGUCAAGACAAAGAUGACACGAAGAGUCCUGAGGGAGAUAGCAAACGCCAUUCUGGAGUCUUUGAGAAGGGAUGGGCAAAAAUGACUGGGAGAAGCAGUAAAGGGGGGAACGACUAAGCUACAGGAAGUAACGCAGUAGUGCAACAUCACCAGCACAUGAGUCGGAAUUGGGAAGAAGUUACAAGAAAUGGAUCAAAGGGCGUUAUGGAGUUUGGAAGAGCGAAGCAGGAUUAGGA